AUGGGUCGUCCAAAAACAAAUUUGAAACGCAUUCAAAAUGAGAAAGCUCGAAAAACAACUUUUGUUCACCGAAAGAAUGGAUUAUCAAAGAAAGUUUCGGAAUUUUCAAGCAUAUUUGGAGCUGAAGUUUGCUUAAUUGUGUAUGACAGUGAUGGUAGUGAUAUACCAAUGACUUUUCCAGAAAAUGCCACAACUGUACAAUCUAUGCUUAAAAAGUAUGAGCAUCAAAAGAUUGAGACUACUCUUGAGGAAUUUGGCGUCAAAGACUACUAUGCCAAUAAGAAAAAUUUAGUCGAAGCUCAGAUUUCCAGAGUGCGUAAGGAGAUCCUCAAGAAAAAGUAUCCAACUUCGAGCCCAAUUUUUAAUAACAUGGAAGAGGAGCAACUCAAAGCUUUCAUUGCUUUUGUAGAUUCCAAGAUUGAAGCUUGUAAUCACAUGCUGAAAAAUAUGCAACAAAAAGACACUUGCUUCGUACAAAACAUGGCUCAAGAUAGUGAUGUCUGCUUACAUUCAAGUCAAGAUAAUGUAGUAAUGCAUAGUCUUCCUCACAUGCAACAUAUUACUGAUUGUAUGGAGCCAACCAAUGAUGAAAUUAGUGAGUGGAUAGAUUUCAGUGAUCUUUCUGAUUUGCCACCAGUUCCGUCGACAAACCAACUUAGUAAACUUGUUGACUGGGAUGAUAUGAAGAUUGAAUCUGAGGAAUUUACUAGCUUCAUACAAAACACUAUGCAAAACAUUACUUAUGACAAUAUUCUAUCCUCACAUUCAAGCCAACUUGAUGUGAAUCAUAACAUUCCUCAAAUGCAAAAUAUCAAUGGUUGUAUGCUGUCACUUUACGAUGACAUUUGUGAUACGGUGGAUUUUACUGAUCUUAUUGAUUGGGAUAAUAUAGUUGUUUAAUCUAAGGAUUUUACUAUUUCAGUAGAUGAUUUUAUGUGUAUUUAA